AUGGCACACCGCGGCGCCUCCCCAGCAAAGAAUGAGGACUGGAAACCUCUGUGGCUGGCGUGGCUCGGCUCGGGGCGCAACUUCUGGCGAGUUCCUAACGCGGCCAACAGAGUACGGAGUAACCACGUUGAAUCACAAUUGACAAGCCACAGCUUCAACUCCAGCGGCCAUGUCUUGGUGUACUCCGAACGGACCAAUGUGGACGGCUGGCAUGUGGGAAGCACGUUGGAGGCUUCAAGCGUGAAGGGGGAGGGAAGUCUUCCAGCCGCAGCCGGCCAGUCGCAUGGGCCGUUCUUGCCGUGGCAAACGCACGCCGUAGCCGUAGCCGUAGCCGUAGCCGUAGCUUCAGAUUUACCAGGGGGCGGCGCUCCAGGACAAUGCAUGGCCGCCUAG